UCUCCAUCUCUGUUUCCUGUUGCUUUCCCACUUCCUGAGAAUGUUUAAAACAUCAGAUGACCAGUAGGUAACAGGCAGAAGGUGCUACUGUGUCCAAACUUGUAUGAGAGUACCAUGGACCUGCAAAAUGCUGGAGGUCUGUGCCAGAAGUGCCUGCUGAACACACCAGAUGCAUGUUCCUGAAGGCUUUAUGUGCUCACCAGCAGUCAGUGCUAGUUAGAGAGGCGGUAGCUGGGCUGAGAGGAUGAAACUGUGAUACUUUCGCUAAAUGAGUGGAGGUGGAGGAAGAGAAUGGGGUAAACUCGUGCCUGUGAACUCUUUUGGAAAAGAGUAAAGAUGAGCUGACCAAAAUAGAGUCCCUCCCACAGGCUCUUAGCCUCUGGAGCGGCAUCCGUUGUGGCUGAGCUGCAAGCCUCAGGACAUGCUCUCAUUUCCAUUGCAUAGUGAGCCACCCCUACUCCAGUGUUUUUGUUGAACUCCCCAUCUCUGAUUCUCUCUUUAGGUGGAAGACUAAAUACUUUUACCUAUUCCGGAGUUACCUGCUGCCUCCUGGGAAACUUUCCCAUCCCAGGACUGCUGCUGUUCACAGUGCCUAAAGGCUGAUCUCAGCUUGGGGGACUGAGGAACCUGGGGACAUGGAGAAUGAUUGCUUGCCUUUACCCCCUUGGUGCAGCCUCUCCUGGGUCUUUGCCCUCACCAUGUCAAGGAAUGUUAAUGAUGUGUUCCCUCUCCAUUGCAUUCCCCACCUGUCAUCCUGCUAGGAUCUAACUACAGAAUGAACAUAGCAGCUGUGUUUAAUGCCCUGCUCGUGUCUGUCCUUGCUGCUGUGCUGUGGAAAUACAUCAAACUGCGCGAGCAUGCCUCCAUGGUGGAAGAGGAGUUGGUUCUCACACGCCAGUCUCAGGAACUUUCUGAGGUUCAGAUUGACUACCAGGCAGCUCUCCAGGCACUGGUGGAGAACGGUACCAGGAUGGUGUGCACUGGCAGGAUGCACACUGACCGCAUCUGCCGCUUUGAGUCCCUCUGCUACUCUACCGAGGCCGAGGAGUUUGUCUACUUUCACAGCAACUCCUCGGUUAUGCUGCCCAACCUGGGCUCACGGAGGUUCCAGCCAGCUCUGCUCGACCUCUCCUCUGUGGAAGAUCACAACACCCAGUACUUCAACUUUGUGGAGCUGCCAGCUGCUGCACUGAAAUUUAUGCCAAAGCCAGUCUUUGUGCCUGAUGUGGCGCUGAUCGCCAACAGGUUCAACCCAGACAACCUGAUGCACGUCUUUCAUGAUGACCUCCUGCCAAUUUAUUACACCAUGCAGCAGUUCUCUGAUUUAGAUCUGGAGGCACGGCUCUUCUUCAUGGAAGGGUGGAGUGAAGGUGUUCACUUUGACCUCUACAAGUUACUGAGUAACAAGCAGCCGCUCCUCAGGGAGGAGCUUAAAACCCUGGGCAGGCUCCUCUGCUUUACCAAAUCGUAUGUGGGACUGUCCAAAAUCACCACCUGGUACCAGUAUGGAUUUGUCCAGCCACAAGGGCCAAAGGCUAACAUCUUGGUUUCUGGUAAUGAGAUCAGGCAGUUUACCAAAUUCAUGAUGCAGAAACUGAACAUCAGCUUGGAGGAAAGCUCUGGUGAGGAGUACAUUGUGGUGUUCAGUCGAACAAUCAACAGACUUAUCCUAAAUGAGGCAGAACUAAUCCUGGCUCUUGCUCAGGAGUUUCAGAUGAAAACCAUUUCCGUCUCUCUGGAGGAGCAUUCGUUCUCUGACAUCGUCCGGCUGAUCAGCAACGCGUCCAUGCUGCUCAGCAUGCACGGGGCACAGUUAGUCAUGUCACUCUUCCUGCCAAGAGGUGCCACCGUGGUGGAGCUCUUUCCAUAUGCUAUCAACCCCGAACACUAUACCCCUUACAAAACCCUGGCAACCCUUCCUGGCAUGGACCUGCAGUACAUUGCCUGGCAGAACACUGACAGGGAAGACACAGUUACCUACCCGGACAGACCUUGGGAUCAGGGUGGCAUUGCUCAUCUGGACAAGGCUGAGCAGGAGCGCAUCAUUAAGAGCACAGAGGUGCCACGGCACCUCUGCUGCCGCAACCCCGAGUGGCUGUUCCGUGCCUACCAGGACACAAAGGUGAACAUCCCAUCUCUAAUCCACACAAUUAGGCAGACUGUGAAGUCUAAGCCUGGACCCAAGAAGCAGAAAUGGUCUGGUAGCCUCUAUCCUGGCAAAGUGAGGGAUGCCAAGUGUCAGGCCUCUGUCCAGGGCACAAGUGAAGCUAAACUUGCUGUGUCCUGGCAGAUCCCCUGGAAUCUGAGGUAUCUCAAGGUCAGAGAAGUGAAAUACGAAGUGUGGAUACAAGAGCAAGGGGAAAACACUUACAUGCCUUAUAUAUUGUCCCAUCAGAAUCACACCUUCUCAGAAAACAUUAAGCCCUUCACGAUAUACCUGGUGUGGAUACGCUGCAUCUUCAACAAAAAUCUCCUGGGACCUUUUGCAAAUGUGCUCUUGUGUAGUACAUAACCUGCUGCACUACCUGUACAGCUCUAACCUGCUCUCCACUCCAUCUGUGGUUUAAAACUUCUCGUCUUGUAGUUUGUAGAGGGCUGAAGAGGACUAGACUGUACCAGUGCCUAAGUGUCUAUUUUAUUGCACUCCAUGUGUAUUUAGAUGGUAUUUAUUUCCAGUAAGUGUUUAAAAAAAAAAAAAAAAGAGAAACCUCUGUGUUCUUCAGAGUAACUUCCAGAGGUUAAAUUACAUGCUGAAUACGUGUAAUUGAAAACAGAAUGGAUGUGAAUUGUGUGUACCUUGGUUGUGAUUUAAAUUUGUUCCUAUUGUGUGGUGACUAUUUAAGCACAGCGUUGAACUGCAGUUAAUUCCAUGGCUAAGUGGGCAAUUCUCAUCAGCUUUUUCGUUGUAAGUUAUUUUUUUCAAUAACUCUGACUGUAACUUUGAGUUCAAGAUUUGGUACUGGAGCCUUCAUUAAACUGCUGUAAACCUCC